AUGUGCGCGCUGCUGCUGUGGUUGCUGCUGUGGCGGCUGCGGUGCGCAGCUGAGACCCAGACAGGCCCGACCACCCCCGGGGUCUCAUCUCCACUGCCCUCCACUCGGCCGGAGGGGACCCCGCCAUGGGAGACUGCAGGUUCCAAGAAGUGGAAGGUGCUCUCAGAGCCCUGUGGUUAUCGGAGGGCCCCUGCGCGCACAGUGGGCAGCCUGGAUGCAGAAGAGGGGAGCUGGCCCUGGCAGGGCAGUCUGCGCCUGUGGGGCAGCCACGUCUGCGGGGCGAGUCUGCUCAACCACCGCUGGGCGCUGACCGCUGCACGCUGCUUUGAACUGGUCAGGGAUCCCUUCCCAUGGAGCAUCCGGUUUGGUGAGCUGACUUUGGUGCCGUCCAUCUGGAACCUGCAGGCCUAUCAGAACCGGUAUCAAGUGGAGCAGGUCGUGCUGAGCCCUCAUUACAAAGGAGCCAUCCCCUAUGAUAUCGCCCUGGUGAAGCUGUCCUCCUCCGUCACCUUCGGGAAGAACAUCUACCCUGUCUGUGUGGGGAAAUCCACCUCAGAGUCCCAGACCUGGACUGACUGCUGGGUGACCGGCUGGGGGCACAUUGUAGAGAGCAAGGAGCUGCAGCAACCCUACAACCUGCAGGAGGUAGAGAUCACCAUCAUCAACACCACCACAUGCAGCCACAUGGGAAAUUUGACGGCCUUCCCCAACCAUGUCUUUGGAAACCCCUCCUGCCUUGGUGAUCCAGGCGGGCCCUUGGUCUGUAAAGUGAACAGCGUAUGGUAUCAGAUCGGAGUUGUGAGCUGGAGCAUGGGCUGCAGGCGUCAAGGUCGGCCCAGCUACUAUUCCAGCAUCAGGGAGCACUUCCAAUGGAUGCAGGAGACCAUAAGCCAUAGUCCACCCGGGACAGACCCCACUGUGAUCCUGCUGUCUCUGGCCCUGCUCUUCGUGCCCCUGCUCCGGGGGCUGGCCUGA